AUGCUUAACGCGUGGGGAUUUCAGGGUGGGGAGCGCGUGGUGUGGGAGUUCCACAACGUGACGCUGACCCGGGUGCCUGGCUACGGCUUCGGCAUCGCGGUCAGCGGCGGACGCGACAACCCGCACUUCACCAACGGCGACCCUUCCAUCGCCAUUUCGGACGUGCUCAAGGCCGGGCCCGCCGAGGGGAAGCUACAAAUCAACGACCGACUAAUAUCAGCUAACAGCAUCAGCCUAGAAAAUGUGGACUACGCCCGCGCGGUGCAGGUGCUUCGGGACUCGGGCGCCGCCGUGCAGCUGGUGGUCAAGAGAAGGAUCGUGCUGCCCGCCGCGCCCGAGGCCCAGACGCUCAAGGUCACCCUCACCAAAAAUAAGAAGAAAGAUGAUUUCGGCAUAGUAUUAGGCUGCCGCAUCUACGUGAAGGAGAUCUCAAACAAGGCGAGCGUUGAGAAGGAUGGCAACCUGAAAGAAGGCGAUGUGCUCCUACGCAUCAACUCGACGUCGACCGAGAACAUGACGCUGAAAGAAGCACGGAAGGUCCUUGAGAGCACGAAGGAGAGGCUGCAGCUCCUGGUCCGGAGAGACCCUCCUCCUCCCAUGAUGGCUCCUCCAGAUCACACUGUCAAGGAUAUCCGCAAUCCUGAGUACAGUGACACACGUCCAAACUACCCAACCCAAAACCUGUACGUUCAGCCCCCAACCCGAUCAGAACCUCAGCGUAGCAUUUAUGGUCCAGACACCCCAGAUGCGAAAAACAACCUCAUGAGGUCUGGGUAUAACCCUGGGGGCAUGUCAUCGGGGGAAGCUCCAUUUGGUUUAGAUGACCAGGGCUCCCCCCAGGAUGAUGCUCCUCCCCCACGUCCUCCCCUCCCCCGUCCUGAGGAUUACUUCCCUCGUCAUGCACCUAAGGAAGGCCAAAACUCACCAUCCAAGGGCCCCAGCCUCCCGGUACCAGACCCACGUUUUGUGAGCUUCAAGAAGGAGGGGAGUGUGGGUAUACGAUUAACAGGCGGCAACGAGGUAGGAAUUUUCGUGACGGCAGUGCAGCCCGGAUCGCAGGCUCAGCUCCAAGGACUUAUACCAGGCGAUAAAAUACUUAAGGUUAACGACAUGGACAUGGCAGGCGUAACGAGAGAGGAAGCAGUUCUUUACCUCAUGAGUCUUCAGGAUCAGAUUGACCUCAUUGUACAGACACGUAGGCAAGACUAUGAACUCAUUCUCAACAAUCAAAAGGGAGAUCUCUUUUACAUAAAGACACACUUCCAUUAUGAACCCAAUGGAAAAUCUGAACUGAGCUUCCGUUCUGGAGACAUCUUUCGUGUUGUAGACACAUUGCACAAUGGUGUUGUAGGGGCAUGGCAGGUUCAUAGAAUUGGUAGGAACAACCAAGAGACACAGAAGGGUAUAAUACCCAACAAAGCACGUGCUGAGGAGCUGGCUACAGCACAGUUCAAUGCUGCAAAGAAAGAGCAGACUCAGUCUGAGUCACGUAGCGGAUUCUUCAAGAGACGGAGAAAUUCUCGCAGAUCAAAGUCCCUGGGGAAGGACCACUGGGAAGACGUGGUGUUUGCAGACUCAGUGUCAAAGUUUCCUGCGUAUGAGAGGGUGACUCUUCGACAUCCGGGCUUCGUGAGGCCAAUUGUCCUCUUUGGCCCCCUGGCAGACAUUGCACGGGAUAAGCUGCUGAAAGAAAAUCCAGAGAAAUAUGCAUCUCCACGCAUAUACAUGCGGCUCACAAUGCCUAUUCCGUGUUACGGGGGGUAUCCGUACCCCUCACUCCGGGAACUUGACAGCAGUGGAGAGAAACCAUCUGGCAUCAUCCGCCUAAGUGCCAUCCGUGAGAUAAUGGACCGAGGCAAACAUGCAGUACUGGAUAUCACACCCAAUGCAGUAGACCGUCUCAACUAUGCUCAGUUCUAUCCUGUUGUCAUCUUCCUAAGAGCUGAAUCUAAGCAGAUUGUUAAAGAGCUUCGUAGUGGAUAUCCAAAGGGAAGGAUGAGCAGCAAGAAAUUAUUCGACCAGAGUGUGAAACUGGAGAAACUGUGGUCACAUGUGUUUACUGCCACCAUCAGCCUCACACAACCAGAGGCUUGGUUCCGCAAGAUCCGGGAAAUCAUCGACAAGCAGCAAAGUGGCCCCCUAUGGAUGUCAGAGACUAAGCCGACUGAGGCUCUCUCUGAUGACUUCCUCUUCCCUAUGACCUCUCGUCUGUCCUAUGCCUCCUCCCCUGAGUCGGACCUGGAGACCGGCCCUGAGUCCCGCACCCCAUCCAAGUCCCCCCAUCGCCUCCCCCCCUCCCACCACCCAUACUCAGAUUCGCGUGAGCCCAGAGGACGCAUGGUCAAGAGCUCCUCCGACCCAAGCCUGGCAGCUCCAGAAGAGGCACCUCCCAACCCCUAUGGAGGCCCACCACCUUAUGUCGCCAGUCCCACAAGACAUCAUCCUGGACCCAGUGAUGCCUACGAUGAUCGCAGAAAAUCCCACGGCGGUGACAGCAAGUAUGGCUUCGCUAGUGGAGGGUACCAUGGGUCAGACCCCUAUUCAUCCCGCCCCCCAGUGAACGCCAACAGCACUGGUGGGGGGGGAGGGGGCAUAGGCUCCAUGCCAGGCUCACCUUAUUCAUCUGUGCCCCCACCUGGGUACAGUGGUAGACCCCCUCAGCAGAGUUUGCCCCCUCCGACUCAUUCCCCCCACCAGCGCCGCUCCCCUAGUGCCCAUCCGAGCCGAGGGCCCCCGCAGAUGGGGUACUCCCCCUUAGGGCCUGGGGGGCAGAUGGCUCCACCACCCCCAUACCUCAAUGGUCACUCAGGUGAGGGAGGCCCGGAGGUGCCCCCAAAGGUAGACCGAACCAGUAAGCCCGGCAGGGUGAGGUCGGGCCAGGAUUUUGGGAGUGGGAAGGAUCUGGAUUAUGAUGCCAACUACAUGAACACAGGAAGAGGCAACAGUCUAGAGCGACAGCACAAGAGCCCCUACGACAUGAUGAACCCGUCCUUGCUUCCCAAUGCCCAUGACGACCUCAAGAGCAAGCUGCAGCACCCGCGAUCCCCGCAUGAACCGUACAGAUACUCCCGCUCCUCCUCACAGCCGCCCACCUACCGCACAGAUGACCCUUACAGAUCGUCUGACUACAAGCCACUACCUCCACCAAAGAGCAGUAACUACAAACCUGUUCCUCCACCAAAGCCUAAGAACUACAAACCUCAGCCACCUGGGAGUAUAGAAGGAGGAAUGGGCUCAUGGGAUAUGUAUGCCGAUGCACGGAAGGCAUAUGAGAGAGGGGCCUAUCACACAACCAGCAAUGGAGGACUCAGUGAUGAUUACAGUGGUCUGGACAGUGGCCAGGGCAGCAGCUUAGAUAGAAAGUAUGACACGUUUGGGAGAUCUUCGCAUAAGGUGGCAUCAUCUGGUAGCAGAAGUGGGUACUACCUGAAUGUGCCCCCACCUCGAGAUAUGGCCCUUGCUGGCGGUGGACAAGGUGGGGGACCAGGGGGUAGAGACCUCCCCAAUCAUGACCACAGAGGAAGUGCUUUUGAAUUGUACAAGAAGCCUCCUGACCCCAGAGGUCCUGGCGGGCAUGCUGGUGUACCUGUGUACUCAGACCCAAGCAACAGCAGGCGGUCGGUAGCAGAGGAAGGCAAACAUAAGGUGAUAGCCACAGCGCGGGGGGUGUAUGAUCACAAGGGGGGAACUCUCACCUCUGAGGAAACAGGGGUGUCCAUAAUCAUUCCCCCAGGGGCCAUUGCCAAGGGCACCAAACAGGAGAUUUACUUCAAGGUGUGCCAGGACAGCUCGCUGGUCCCUCCGCUCGACCAAAACAAAGGUGAGACUCUACUCAGUCCUCUGGUGAUGUGCGGCCCUCACGGUCUCCAGUUCAAGCGACCUGUUGAGCUGCGACUCCCUCACGCUGCCUCCGUGUCCCCCAACACCUGGAGUUUUGCUCUGAAGUCUUCUGAUACGCCCACCGGCCAACCAACGCAGUGGACCAACAUGUCUCUGGCCGACGCUCCACACUCGUCACACGUGGGCGCUAACUGCGUGUCUGUCUUAGUCGAUCACUUCUGAAGGCCCAUGUGUAUUGAACAUGACUGAAUGCUCGUGUUUUGUGAAAUCCUUAAAGAUUUUAUGCAUUGUCAGCCAGUCUUGCUGCAACUUUCGGCUGACAAGGUUUUGGACACUUUUUAUGAACUAUUGCCAAACCACCAUUUUCGUCUCCCACUUUUAAAACUUUUUGACCAAGUGCUACUGAACUAAAACUGACUGCCCAUGAUUGCUCUGAACAGUACUUCUCCUUCACACCUAUUAUGGAUGCUUUUUAAAAUGUGUGGUCUUUGCAAUGUGUCAAAUGUUAUUUAUAACCACAAAGCUAUGUGACCAGUGUUGUUAUUAAAGGGUUCUCUUGUUUAUGUUUCCCUAUCCAAGAUAUCCAUGUCUUAUUCCUCCUAAGAUGCAAUACAGUGAAUUCUAUGUGUUCUAUGUGCAACAAUAGAAAAAAACAGCUUUUUCAUUGUUUGGAGUUGCAUAAAUCAAAUAAAUAUUUUGUGGAGGAUGUACGGAUAGGUUUAUGUUCUUCCUUGUGUAACAGAGUUAAGGUUCAUUUGCUGCUGUUGAUAUCAUAAGCAGUAUAUGAUACGUGCAUUAUAGUGGGAAAUGUACAUCACAGGAAGUACCAAGGUAUGUCUAAACAAAGUUGUAUGGCCCAGUUUGCCUCUCAGAUUAUUCUCAUUUUUGUGAACUCAUCUGUGCAUGCCUUUUAUUUACAAAUGUUAUUGUUAUGUAUUUCACACCUUUUCAACAGUUCAAAAUGUCAUUCGUUGUGAAGCUAUGGAACUUAUGGUUGUCUAACCACGCAACUUAUUACUGUUGUAACCAAUGGUUGUUUUGUGUUGACCUUUAACGGGUAGGGAGUAGCUUGAACAAUCAGUGGUUUGUAAUCUUGCAAAAUGUUUGUCAGUUUGUUUCCUUCACUACUGGGAUUAAUGUUGAAUAUUUCUGGAAAAAAAAUAUUAUUUUUGCUAUUAGACAAAUAAACUAUAUCCACAAUAUCUUUUCAUUAGAAAAAGAAUUAAAUAUGGUUGAGCAUGUUUGUUAGCAGAACCCAAUAGUGCUGUGCUUAUGCUCAAUUUUAGUUUUGAGUAUAGAAAGAGGUUUGUAAAUUGACAAUAACUAGGUUCUAAAACCAUGUGAGUGCAUAUAAGAUUGUCUGACUUAUAAUUUAUAUUUUUAAACUUGUUAUCAGAGUAAAGUGACAUUCAUAUUUUAUGCAUGAAAAGACAUGGCUAUUAUUCCUAAUGAUUUUUAAUGAAAAUUACUCUACUCUAAUUUUAAACCUUCUCUAAUGUUAAAUUUAGCAGGUGCAACAGCACAUCACCUUUACAAAGUCUUGUUAUUGGUGCACAAGUCCAUUUUCAGUUUGCAUUUACACCCCAGCAGUUGUUGCUGUAACUGUGUUGGGUUAGGUAGUUUUAACAAAAAAUGCAAAAAGCACAAUAUGACCAUCAGUAUUGAAACAUACAUUGCAUAGAAAAAGUGCCUUCCAUGUUUCAUUAUAUUUAUAGAGUGAAAUAACAAAGUCAUGGAUUAUCCAACUUGCCUGCAAUACUAUUCUAAGGCAUUUCAGUUGUCAAUGCAUCUUUGCUGAUUUGUGUGUAUAUAUAUACAUAUAUAUAUAUCCAUAAUUGUACAGUACUUUAAUUUUGUAAUUCACCUUCUUCUGCAAAGAAUUCAUCUUCUGAGGGCAGCUGGGUUUAGAAGGAGUUUGCUGGUGAAGCCAUCAGAAGAAUGGUCAGUCAUCUUACAUGUAUAGAAUCAAUAAUUUAUAAGCCAUAAAAUUCUGCAAUGUGGACUCUUCAUUAUUGACUGACCUCAUAACAGUGUGAGAGUGCAGCAGAACCAUGGAGCAAAUUACCUGUUGUGUCAGUAUUGUUAUCCAGUCAUUAGAUGUUGUCCUCGCUCGUUCAGCCUGUUAGUCUGUUGGUCCGUUUCAAGUUAACUAGUCUAAAUUACAAAAAAAGUUUGAGGUUAAGAAUUAUAAAGUCUUAUGUUAUCAUACAAACAACGAAUCUUAUUUCUGUACAUAUGGAAAUUAUUGUGUUCCAGUAGUAAUAUUCAUGUAUAUUACAAAAAUUUGUAACCAAUAGAAGAGUGUUAAAUAAAAUGGAACUAUUUC